GGCACAACCAGACCUGCAAAGGGCCUCUACCGAUGCCAGUUCUAACUGGAUUUAAGAGGGCAAAUUUCAGAAGAACCGUUCAAAUUCCACCCAAACACACAUCCCAAACGCAGCAAAAAAGAAAAAAAAAAGGCGCUCUUCCGAAGGGGCCGCUGGCGGCCAAAAGAGCAGUUGCCAAGUUGCAAUUAACACUUCUGGUAUUGGGUUGCCGGCCCACCCCACCGCGCCCCACUUUGGAGAAACACCCCCCCCCCCCGAACUCCCGCUGUCAGUUUUGGCAAUCAAGGCGGCGCUUUAGCAUUUUCUGAAGCCCCUCCCAGACGGAGUCUACCUCUUUAGGUUGCAGAGUCCAGUGUCCCGCGAAGCGGAGAGUCCGACGUGUGAGCGACAGAGCCGAGGAGCUGCAAGCGCCAUGACGAUGAUUCUGGGCUACUGGGACAUUAGAGGGCUUGCCCAUAGCAUUCGAUUGCUGCUUGAAUAUACAGGAACACCUUACGAAGAUAAGUUAUACAGCUGUGGAGAAGCUCCGGAUUAUGAUAAAAGUCAAUGGAUCAAUGAAAAAGAAAAAUUGGGGCUGGACUUCCCUAAUCUUCCAUACUUAAUUGAUGGCAAGACCAAAUUGACACAGAGUAAUGCUAUUAUCAGGUACAUCGCACGCAAGCACGAUCUUUGUGGCAAAACCGAGGAAGAACUUAACAGAGUGGACAUGCUGGAGAAUCAAGUGAUGGAUUUCCGUAUGGGCUUGGUGAUGAUUUGCUACAAUCCUGACUUUGAGAAACUGAAGCCUGGAUAUUUGGAGCAAUUACCAGGGAAACUCAAACUCUUCUCCCAGUUUUUGGGGGAUAGAAAGUGGUUUGCUGGGGAUAAGAUCACAUUUGUUGACUUUCUCAUGUAUGAUGUACUUGAUCAAAACUGCAUGUUUGAACCCAAGUGCCUUGAUCAAUUCAAGAACCUUCAAGAUUUUCUGACCCGUUUUGAGGCCCUGGAGAAAAUUGCUGCUUACAUGAGUUCCAGCCGCUUCAUGAAAACUCCAAUUAACAAUAAGAUGGCCAAAUGGUGUAACAAGAAAACAUAAAGAAAGAAAUCUUUGUGCUGGAUGAGAUAUUCCCCCACCCCCCCUUUCUCCAUUCUUGUCUUGGGUGGAGUUGAUAAGAAAAAGAAUGGUCGUUCUGUAGAAUUGUGAUAUUUAGGUAUUUGGAAAGCAAUAGUGCUCAAUAAAGUAUCUUGGAAUUAC